UGUUGGUUGUCUGUAUGGGGAUCCCCCUUCUCUUUGAACUCUCUGGCUCAAACCCCUCGGUUUAAUGGUCCAAAAUCCUGUCCUCCCUAACCUCCUCCCUUCAAAAUUUCAAAUCUCGCCGCCGAGGCUCAGCGGUAGGAAAUUUGCACUGGACGAAAGGGCGGAGGGUUUGACUGCGAAGCUAGGGUUCCUGCUCUUAUAUUUCCUUGGUUUUCUCCUGUUUUCCGUUACUCAUCUGUUCCUUCCCUUCUUUUCAGUUGGGAAGUUUUGUUUGUAUCUUGUUGUGUUGACUACGGAUCUGGGUUUCAUUGCUGCUUGCUACGCGUUGGCUGCCAAUGAAAACCUAAGUCUGUUUGGAGGUGGCAUCAGUUAGGGUUUGGGCUAUGCCAGGCGGAGGAAAGAGCUGCAAUGGGGUGGUGAAGACUGGGGAUUUGAGCACGGAUGGGUUUAUCACGUACAGAAGGAAGAAGCGGGCAAGAGCCGUUGCCGAUGAGUUUGUGAGGGGUUCUCUUGAUGGUGCCCAUGACCAUGAUGCAUUUAGUAGAACUGGUAGCCACUGGAGAAAUUCUUUGGAAUACAUGCUUCAUCUUCCAGGUGUAGGUGAAGGUGGUGGUAUCCAGAGCUGCAUUCAGGAUGCGCUUGAGUCCUGCCCUCCUAGCUUCACCUGGAAAACUAAAAUGGAUGUUCCUGUUGCUAUUUUGCAAUCAGAGGACAGAUAUGAGGGCAACUGUGAAAUUGAGGAUCCGCCUGAGGUUAAGGUUGUUCUUUCUGAAUGUUUUGCAGAUGAAUCAAACAUAAAGUUAGAGGGUCAAAGUGAAGUGAAUAAGAACACUGCAAAGUGCCAAAAGGUUUUAUUGGAAAUUUUUUGUUCAGAUAAUUUUGCUUCCUUGUGUGAUCUAGUCGGUGAAAGUUUCCAUGAUAAAACUGUUAGAAAAUUACUCGACUUCAGUUUGAUAAAUUCAAAGCUGAAAAAUGGAGUAUAUGAACAGGUGCCUGUUUCAUUUCUUGAAGACGUUCAGCAGUUGUGGUGCAAGUUCCAAAAAAUUGGUCACGACAUCCAGCUUCUUUCUACUAGCCUUUCCAAACAGUCGAGGAUUUCUUAUGGACAGCUGGUUGGAGAAAAGAUGGAAUUGGAGGCUGGUGAAGAAAAGUUUGAGCAGAACCCUCACGGUGUUGCUGAGCUGAAGAACUCCAUGAGCUCUCAUGUAAAUGGACAGUUCCCUUUGAGUGAAUCUGGUCGGUCUAAUAAACUGGAUCAAAGCGAAGCUUCUUGUCUGUGUAAGGUCUAUGCAUGUAAGCUGUGUGGCACUGAAACACUUGGUGAGCACAGGCUUAUAUGUGAUGGUUGUGAAGCAAUAUAUCAUUUCUCUUGCGUUGAGCCUUCAAGUCAAGUGGCCCCUUCCCGAAGCUGGUACUGUUCUUCUUGUCUUAAAGAUGAAAGCAAAUCACCAGCUGCUGUUAAGGAUAAUCAACACAAAGUCUCGCAUAAAAAGUGGGGCAUCUGUGAUAGGUCUGAAGGUUUUAUGGUGGAGGAAAACAUGGUUAAUAACAUUGAGUAUCAUUGUUCUAAUAAACCAUGCCAAAGUGAGGCAUCUUGUCGUUACAAGGUCUAUAAAUGCAAGCACUGCAGCACUGAAGCGCUUGGUGAGCACAGCCUUAUAUGUGACGGGUGUGAGGAAAUUUACCAUUUCUCUUGUGUUGAGCCUUUUGGUGAAGAGAUUCCCACGCGAAACUGGUAUUGUGCUUCCUGCCGUGUUGACAGAAGUGCAGCACCAGAACCUGUCAUUGAAAUUGAACAAGAUGGCUUACACCAGAAUUGUGCAGUCUGUGAUAGGCUUGAAUUUUCUGAGGCUGAGAAAGACAUCACUAAUGAUACCAGGGAGAGUUCUGUUUCAAACAUGGAGUCAGAUGGUCCUCGAGAACCAUCUAGAACUGCCUUGGCACAUUUGUGCAAGCUAUGUGGAACUUGUGAGGAUGAAGACAGGAGAUUCCUGACUUGUGGGAACAAUUACUGCCCUUACAAGUACUACCACAUCAGAUGCCUAAGAAACAGUCAGAUUGCUAGUCAGCACCAACAAAGCUCACAUUGCUGGUAUUGCCCAUCGUGCCUGUGUAGAGCUUGUUAUUUAGAUCAAGAUGACACUGAGAUUGUACUAUGUGAUGGUUGUGAUGAUGCUUACCAUACUUACUGCAUGAAACCACCGCGAACCUCCAUUCCUAAGGGCCAGUGGUACUGUGUCCAGUGCAACAUGGCUAGGGCAAAGGAAGGAAUACGAAGGCACGAGCAAUGGAUCUUACAGCAGCAUUGCAAGAAAGAUGCCUUCCAAACUACUGAAAAUAAUCGUCCUUUGGAUAUAUUGCUGAAUGCUGUUGAGAAGGUGAGCUCAGAAGAUUGAUGGGCAUAAACACCAGUUCACUUGGAACAAUCCCAUGGCCUUGUGAUGAAUUUCUUGCUGGUAAGGAUAUUGUUGCAGCAGUUGUAUACUUUUCUCAUGACAAGAUAGUGGUCCAUUUGUUUUGUAACUUUAGAUGUUCACUUUUACCAAUUCUUUUAGUUCUCUUUUCUAAUUCCAUGAUUGGCACAACAAUGGAAGAGCUCUCAUCUCAUUCAAGAUCUUGCAGCAGCCUAAAUUAUUCGGAGUAGAAGGAUACUGUA